UACAUGUGCUUCUAGUCGCCAUUUUCUCCCGGUCGAUCGAGAAACGGAGUAAUUUAUUCGCUUUACGAGAAAGAAACAAAGCGAGUUCCGUCGUUAUUUACAUGGAUAGCAACAGCGAUGAUAUUCAAGACGAUUGCGAAUGGAUAAAAUAUAGGGAUAGAGCCGAAUGGAAAGACGUCGAGCCAAUUGAACAGAAUGAUGGACCUCAUCCGAUUGUACAGAUAAAUUAUUCAGAAAAAUUCAAGGACGUAUUUGAUUAUUUCCGUGCGGUCUUGGCAAGCAAUGAACAUAGCGAAAGAGCUUUUAACCUUACUACCGAUGCUGUGAAUUUGAAUUCGUCCAAUUACACUGUCUGGAAUUUUCGACGUGUUUUGUUGAAAGCGCUUAACAAAGAUCUCAAAAAGGAACUAAACUAUAUACAAAGUAUCAUUGAAGAUAACCCAAAAAAUUAUCAAGUUUGGCAUCACAGACAAGUAUUAGUAAAAUGGAGUCAUGACCCUAGUCAAGAAAAACAGUUCACUGAAAUUAUUUUAAAUUUGGAUGCAAAAAACUAUCAUGCUUGGCAACAUAGGCAAUGGGUCCUACAAGAAUAUGGAUUAUGGGACAACGAGUUAGACUUUGUUAACAGAUUAUUGGCUGAGGAUGUGAGAAACAAUUCGGCAUGGAAUCAACGUUACUUUGUUAUUAGUCACACAACAAAAUUUCCCGAAAAUGUUUUAGAGAAUGAAGUCAAAUAUACUUUAGAUUGUAUUAAGAAGGUUCCUCAUAAUGAGAGUGCAUGGAAUUAUCUUAGGGGGAUAUUACAGGAUCGAGGUCUGACGAAAUAUCAAGGUUUGUGCGAAUUCUGCGAAGAACUGUACAAAAACGGAUGUCGUUCUCCCUAUUUAUUGGCAUUUAUGAUAGAUUAUUUAGAAGAAAAACUUCUAGGCGGAGAAGAAGAUAGCACAACAUUACAAAGAGCAUUUGAUUUAUGUAAAUCCCUAGCAGAAGAACACGAUACUGUAAGAAAAGAAUACUGGAAUUUCAUAGCUAGAACUUUAGGACAGAAAUAUGGACCAAAAGAAGUUCAGUCACACGAAGCGGACAAUGUUUCCGAAUAGUGUAAAAAUGCACACUUUAAUAGAACAUAUUUUGAUUUUUUUUUUUUUAACAUAAUUGAAAUAUUUUCUUUCUCUGUAUAAAUUUGGAAAAUAAUUUAAAAUGAAAACCUUAUCACAAUUUCUUUAUUUCUAUUUUGUCGAAAUAUCUUUCUUUUGUGUAUAGAUAGUCCAUUUAUUGUUUUACACGGGUAUAUAUUGUUUUUAUAUCAAUUGAUUUAAUAAAAACACAAAAAUGAGCAUCAAGAAAUCAA